AACUAAUGAGUAGUCUGUAUUAUGUGGAGUUUUGAGGUCGACUCGCUAAUCUACAUAAAGUCGCGACAGGUGCAACGACGCCUAUAUUAGGUAUGUGCAUUUCCAAAUGACUACCCACGGACGGCCGCUCGCGCUCACCGAGCCAAGUAUGUUUACACAGAUAGGCCUAAUAUUUCCGAGUCGCUCAUUUGACUAGCUACCCCGAACAUGUUUCCUCAUAUUGUAACAGUAUUCAAAUACUGACUUACCCAAAGCCGAGAGCAAAGGAGCGGAGUUGAAGCAAAGUAGUAUCACAACCUAAAGAUCAAGAGUUUGUUUGGAGGAGCGCGCUCUAUGACCUUGCUCCAGGGGAUCUGCCUGCGCUCGCCUUUCACCGGCAAGAUCACGCUUUAACCACGACUGUAUGAGCGACAUGAAGUGAAAACGGCAGGCUUGUAUUUCUUCUGGGCACCUCUGCUGCUUUCAGGGCAAAAGGCCCGUUGGACGUCACUCCUCCUUACAGCUGUCAUAAGGAUGUAGCCUUAAUAUUUCCUCUUGUAGGUCGAUUACAUUCUGGCAAGUUAUCCACAUUCACCUAUUUUACCAGUUCCCAGUGGUCUCAUGUCCAUGGCAGUUGACCUACAUUCCUGUUGAUUCCCGAGGUCUCCUCUGACCUCCCAUUGCUGCCCACCGGUCCUAGCCAUGGACCCCUACCAGGAGCCACAACUGGGUUUCCAGCCCCCCCUUGACGAGGGCGCCCCAGACCUGGAAUGUGCCAUCUGCUUCAGCCAGUUCAACAACGUCUUCCGCACCCCCAAGAUUCUCCAGUGCAAUCACACCUUCUGCCUGGAGUGCCUGGCCCGUAUGAAUGUCAAGUCAGCCAAGCCGGACUCUAUCCAGUGCCCGUUGUGCCGGGGCCACACACCGCUACCUGACCUGGGGUUGCCCAAGCUGACCACGGACCGAGCCGUGCUCUCUUACCUCCCCGCGGCCAUGCAGCGAGUCUACAGCAUCCGCUUCAACCGCAACAAGGGCAAGCUGCAGGUGAAGAGGACCACCGACGCACCCCCUCCUCUGAACUCGCUGCGUUCUAUUAGUCACUCUCUGGAUGUGGGGCUGCCUAGCCCCGCAGGAGACAGCGGGGACGUAGAAGGGGGGCGGAGGCGAAGGCUCGGGGCACUGCUGAGACUGUGUCGUAGACCAGGAUGCAGAGCCUCCCUCCUGGUGUCAGUGGUGAUGAUGAUGGUGGUGCUUACUUGUGUCAUCAUCUUCCUCCUCGCAUAUAAACAGCUAUAACAACAUCAUCCGACUGGAGCUAAGUGGACGCUCACUGCACUGCAGUGACCUCUGAGAGAGACGUUAUUGUUACCCAGCUUCUACCUUCUACUGUAGCAGUUUUCACUAACUUUUUAUUUUAUUUUUUAACAUUUUAUUUAUUUUUAUAAAGUGUAUCUAUUUCUUAGCAGUUGUUGUGUCUGUAUGCUGAAUUUGUGUACAACUAUAAUGCAAGUCGUACAAGAGAACCA